UGCAACGGACAAUCACAAACACACACAACUACUACGGGACUGCACUGUACACAGACAGACGCCUCACGGGUCUUGAGAAUAUCCAAUUGGAUACCACUCGUUACGUCAAUCCACUCCCUCCAUCCACGGAGCUCGCCACCACCGACUGAGGCCCCUCCCCGGCGCCCAUCAUAGCUUCAGCGCCGCUCCUCUCACCUCCCGCCAACACAUUCCACGCCGGCAUCACAUCGCCAGACAUCUCUCAGCAUGCCGUUCAAGUACUCCGUAACCGAGCCGUCCCCUUCGACGACCUCGUACGUCCGCACCGGCCGCGGCGGUGCCGGCAACGUGCGCCGGUCCACCCAGUUCGUCCCCACUGCCAGCAGCAGCAACACCACCACCACCACCACCACCAACAGCGCCUCCUCCUCCUCACGCCCGCAGCGAUUCUUCACGGGCAUCGGCGGCGCGGGCAACGUCGCCUCUGCCAGCACGGCCUCCCCCCUCGACGAUGCCAUCAGUCACGCCGCCGCCCGCGACAGUGCCCCCCCGCUGGGCUACUGCGGCCGCGGCGGCGCCGGCAACCGGUACUACAACGCCCCGGAGCGCUAUGUUCGCAAGCCCAGCGACGCUUCGACGUCCUCCGCCGCGUCCGACGCUUCGAGCGCGCGCAGCUCUCUGAGUUCCACGGCCAAAAUCUGGGCUCGCAUCACCCACAAGCCAUAAUCGCCAUCCCAAUCCCCGCCCGCCUCCUCCCCUCUCUUCAUCUCCCUACCCUGGCGACGGCCCUCAGUCACGAUGCAUGUUUGAAAGGAAAAGUCGCUGUUUGGAUCCGACAAUGAUUUCUUUUUUUUGUUGAGCGAAAGGCGUUUGCAUGGACGCGGGGACCUCAGAGCAAAUGGGCAGGCCCGACACCGCGCCUGCCGUCUGGCACGGCAUCAUGAUGGCGCGGUAGGCAUAGCGACGACGUUGCAUCUGGUGAACUAUCUAUAUACCCCGGCACAGCCUUGAUACGGUUGGCACGCUUGUAUUUAUUUCUGUACGUACUUUGGACCAUGAUAUGAUAAUACAUCGCCGCUG